AUGGCCGCCAGUUCCUCUCUCGAUCAUUUGAGCAACCGCAUGAAGCUGGAGUGGCACUCCAAGCUGAACACGGAAAUGGUGCCGGCAAAGAACUUUCGUCGCACAUCCAUCAUCGGCACCAUCGGUCCCAAGACAAACUCAGUGGAGAAAAUCAACCUCCUCCGCAGAGCUGGUCUCAACGUUGUUCGUAUGAACUUCUCCCACGGUUCGUACGAGUAUCACCAAUCCGUUAUCGAUAAUGCCCGCGAGGCUGCUCGUCUCCAGACCGGUCGCCCUCUUGCCAUUGCUCUUGACACCAAAGGGCCCGAGAUUCGCACCGGAAAUACUCCAGACGAUAAGGAUAUUCCCAUAAAGGAGGGCCAUGAGCUGAACAUCACGACUGAUGAGCAAUACGCCACCGCCAGUGACGACCAGAACAUGUACCUUGACUAUAAGAACAUCACUAAAGUGAUCUCCCCUGGCAAGCUGAUCUAUGUCGAUGAUGGUAUCCUCUCGUUCGAGGUCCUCGAAGUUGUAGACGACAAGACCCUGCGUGUUAAGUGCCUCAACAACGGCAACAUCUCCUCCCGCAAGGGUGUCAACUUGCCUGGCACCGAUGUUGAUCUUCCCGCUCUCUCCGAAAAGGAUAUCAGUGACCUCCAAUUUGGUGUGAAGAACGGCGUCGACAUGAUCUUUGCCUCGUUUAUUCGUCGCGGUGGCGACAUCCGUCAUAUCCGUGAUGUCCUUGGUGAAGAAGGCCGGGAUAUCCAGAUCAUUGCCAAGAUUGAAAACCAGCAGGGUGUGAACAACUUCGACGAGAUUCUUGAUGAGACCGACGGUGUUAUGGUAGCUCGUGGUGAUCUGGGUAUCGAAAUCCCCGCCCCCAAGGUCUUCAUUGCCCAGAAGAUGAUGAUCGCCAAGUGCAACAUCAAGGGCAAGCCCGUCAUCUGUGCCACGCAGAUGCUUGAGUCGAUGACAUACAACCCUCGCCCCACCCGUGCUGAGGUGUCUGAUGUCGCCAACGCGGUUCUCGAUGGAGCCGACUGUGUAAUGUUGUCGGGAGAGACUGCCAAGGGAUCGUAUCCCUCCGAGGCUGUCAAGAUGAUGAGCGAGACCUGCCUGCUGGCUGAGGUUGCCAUCCCCCACUUCAACGUCUUCGACGAGCUGCGCAAUCUCGCCCCUCGUCCGACCUGCACGGUGGAGUCCAUCGCUAUGGCUGCUGUCAGUGCCAGUCUCGAACUUAACGCUGGUGCCAUCGUUGUCUUGACCACCAGUGGUAACACCGCACGUCUCCUUUCCAAGUACCGCCCUGUAUGCCCCAUCCUGAUGGUUACUCGUAACCCCAGAGCCUCGCGGUACUCUCACCUGUACCGUGGUGUCUGGCCCUUCCUCUUCCCCGAGAAGAAGCCCGACUUCAACGUCAAGAUCUGGCAGGAGGAUGUCGACCGCCGCCUCAAGUGGGGUAUUACCCACGGUCUCAAGCUGGGCAUUAUCAACAAGGGCGACAACAUUGUUUGCGUUCAGGGCUGGCGUGGAGGCCAGGGCCACACCAACACCGUCCGCGUAGUUCCCGCCGAGGAGAACCUUGGCCUGACUGAGUAA